UACCUUUUUUAGUUGUUUACUUUCUGAGGUACAGAAAUGUGUGAUAUUAACCAAAGUGAUUGUUGUGGAAAUGGUUGUGCUAAUUGUAUUCUUGAUUCCAAGCCCUUAUCAACCAAACGAGUUGAUUUUGUUAACAAAAUAAAUAUCCUUCACACAUAUCGCAAAUAUAAACUAAUCAAAAGAAUUCAACCAAAUAACCAACCUCAUCUUGUUCAAUUAAAAUUUGCCAUCGCCGAUGACAAGAAACAGCUGACGGAAUUUAUUUUGGAUUGCCCUCCAGGCCACCAUCUAAUGAUGCGAGCGCCACUAUUAGCUGAUGUGGAAAAUAUUGAUAACAAAACUGUUCUACGUCCAUAUUCACCAUUUUGGACGGAUAUAACAGAAUUUGAAUUUGAAAUAAUGGUAAAUUUAAAACCAAAUGGAAAAAUGACAAAAUAUAUCGAAAAAUUGAAAGUAAACGAUGAAGUUGAAUUUCGAGGACCUAUCGGGGUUUUUGUGUAUGAACCAAGUUUUAAGGUUGAAAAAGCUUUAUUUAUAUUUUGUCAAGGUGUUGCUAUUGCACCAACAAUUCCAAUUAUAGAAAAUAUAAUUGAAAAUGAAGAUGAUAUAUGCAGAAUUUACCAUUAUUCAUGCUUUGAAAAUAUCGAUAACAUAAUUUUUAGACAAAAACUGUUGGAAUUUAAUAAGUUUUGGAAUUUUUCAAGUAAGAUUUUUCUAUCACAUCAGAAAUGCACUGAGUGUGGUAAUGAUUGUAGUGUUGAUUGUGAUAACUUCAAACGACAGUUAAAAUAUAAAGAGCAAAUAAAAUUACAACGUUUAGAUAAAGACACUAUUUCCACUCUUCUUGAAGAAAUUAAAAUUGAAACAAAGCAAUUUGUGAUAUGUGGAUCGAACAGUUUUCAAAAUUUUAUAACAGAAUAUCUUAGAAAUUGUAAUGUCAAUAAAAAUUGUUUAUAUGUUUUGUAA